AUGAGAGCUCAAUCAAGCCUGUCAAUUUUUGAAUUUGAUGAGCUCAAGAACCGGUUCAUAAGUCUAUCGGAACUUCAACCGACCGGAAACAAUAUUUUCAAUGCUCUGUCCAAAAAGUUCAACGCACCCCCGGCCGCGGGGCUAGUACCAGCCACAUUGGUCUCGCCACAGAUCGAUCAGCUUUCGGAAGAAGAAAGCCCACUUGCGCUCGCCUAUUAUUGUCACAAGAUCUGGAGAACCGGUCAGCAGAUCACAAUAAUUGGUAGUGAUGUCUGGGAGAUGCCUGGACAUUACAAGUCCAUACACACUGAACUCAUUGUUGGCUGA